UUCUGAUUGAUAGUCAUUUACCUUCUGUUAAUGAAUCAGAAUCAUUCAUACAUUAACCACGUUAAUAUUUAUUGGAAUUUGAACCAGGGACUAACAUAUCUCAAGAUAACGUAUGCUGGUUGAUACUAACGUCAAAACUAACACUGUUUGAAUCAUUCAGAUUAAUAUAUUUAAGCCCUCUGACCAACUCUAUUUAUUCACAUUACAGAAGAAGCGUGGAUAUGACUGAACCAGCUAUACAGUACCAGCCGGGGCAGCAACCCCCACCCCAAGGCUAUGCCCAGGGGUAUGCACCACCCCAGCAAUAUGGUCAGCCUCAGUAUGGACAGCCAGGCCAACCUGGAAUGUACCCACAAGUACCCGGGGGACAACCAGGUGCCCCUGGCCCAGUUGCAAACCAACCCAAUUUCAUGGAAAAGCCUCAGGUCUCAGGGUGUCCCCCUGGAUUGGAGUACCUGACCCAAAUAGACCAGAUCCUGGUGCAUCAGCAAGUAGAGUUAUUAGAAGUUGUGACUGGAUUUGAAACUCAGAAUAAAUAUGAGAUCAAGAACUCUAUGGGGCAACAGGUGUACUUUGCCCAGGAGGAGUCAGGUUGCUGUAUGAGACAAUGCUGUGGGCCAGGAAGAGGGUUUACCAUGCACAUCACAGAUAACUUGGGUCAGGAGGUGAUCAGGUGUAGAAGACCAUUUAAAUGUUGUGCUGGGUGCUGUUGGUGUGCUAGUGCUGAAUGUUGUGCUUAUACACUAAUUGUUGAGACACCUGCAGGGGAGGUGCUUGGAACAGUAAGACAAGCGUGCAGCCCAUGGACACCAAAAUUUACCAUUAUGGAUGCCAAUGACCAAACAAUAUUUGAUGUGAAAGGCCCAUGCUGUAUCUGUGUGGGCCCAUGCUGUACUUGGGACCAGGAAUUUGUGGUAACACAGCCAGACAGUGGGCAUGAGGUUGGUAAGGUCAGCAAACAGUGGUCGGGCCUCGUCAAGGAAAUGUUCACUGAUGCAGACAACUUUGGAAUAUCAUUUCCCAUGGAUCUUGAUGUAAAGAUCAAAGCAGUGAUGAUUGGAGCAGUUUUCCUUAUUGAUCUUAUGUACUUCCAAAAAAGAAAUAAUAAUAAUAACCAUUGGCAGGGAGAUGAUGGGGUCAUGUUCCUGGAAUGA